AAUAAGACUUCGGAGUGCUAGGGAUGGGACAGAAUAGAGAGCGAGAGAGAAAGCAAAGGUCUUGCUCUAAUCAAAGAAAGCCCCUCUCAUAUUCACUAAACCAAAAAGAAAAUUUGAGUUUCCUCUUUCAAUGGCAAAAAGAAAGUCACCUGCAGCUGCGCCUUCUCCUGCUAACAAGGCAGCAGCCACCGCUAAAAACCGUUUGAGGUUGCGGGAAGACUCCUCGUUGGCAGAGAAGAAACAGGUUCAUAUGAAGCAUCUCCGAGCGCCAUCAGUCAAGUACGACGCCCUGUUCUUGGAGGAGACAAUAGAGGGAAAGAAGCUCCGUUUAUAUAAAAAACGCCAGAGGAAGUUUGAAAGCAAGAAAACCAGAGAGUACAAAGAAAAUGCUGCUAAGCUUGCCGCUGUGAAAGAUAAAUAUGGAAAGAUCAAAAAGCAGAAGAAGAAGGUUAGAAAAGGUCUGGUUCUUCUUCUAAGAGCUUACAAAAUGAAAUUCAGGGAGACCGUGGAUAUGAAAGUAACAUCGGUGGAUAUGCUAAUGGUCCUCCGAAAGCUCAUAGAGUGGGUCAACUUCAAACCCAAAUGGACCAUCUCGGAAGUUCGGAGGCCCAAUGACGACCAGCCAGGCCCCAUACAAGUGAUGCAGCAGUUGCUCCAGCUUCCAAAUUGCAUUUCAACGUUAGAAGGUUGCACAACUGCAGCUCCGGCCUUCUCCACCAGGAUGUCCGCAUCGGCAUCGGCAUCAGCAUCGGCGUCGGCAGCAACAGAUGCUCCAGACUGGAACGCGUCGGCAAGCACUUCCAACACCUCUUCUAAGCCAUAGCAGGGAAAAAUAUGAUGUUAUGGGAAUGAAGAGGCAGGAGGUUAUGAUGGUCCAUUUAAUAGAUACGGGUUGGUUGUCUUUCUGUUUGUCUGUUUGUUUUAUUUUUAUUUUUUAUUUUGUUUUUCUAACCAACAAUGAAUUAUCACCCCAGAUCAUCAAGGAGAAAUGGAAAUUUUCAACAUAUUCCCUUGAAUUUUCAACAAUGCUUAAAUACGAUCUCCACUUUUUUUUAAAAAAACAAGAAAAAAAAGAAAAAAAAAAGAAAAUGGUUUGUUUUCCCAGUGCUUAGGAUGAUUGAUUAUAAAUUGUCUUCACAAAUGGAUGACCUUUUUCCACCAUUGUUGUGAAGCCUGAAAAAUCUUGGAAUUUGUCACAAAGCGGUCAUGUACCACUCUUGCUUCUCCCUGUUUCUACCAAAUAUUCUGGUGCUUAGGAUAUUUUGCCUUUUCUUUACAACCAGAUAAGAGGUAUAGAGAACAUGUACCUCCUCCCUCACACCCUACCCCCCAAACUUCCGUGAGGAGCAGAUUUAAGUCCAUAUUCUAAUGGGAGGAAAACACUAACGAGUCAGAAAAAAAUAAUAAUCGUUGAUAUUCACUUGAGAGAAUUGAAGAUUUUGUUUGUAGUGUGUAACCAUCGAAGCAAUUUCUGGCAUAUCCCAUUACAUUUCUAUCUUUUAAAGAUUAUAUAUCUUAGGCUGCAGGAGUAUUAAUUUCUUGAUGUGUUUUAAAAUCUUCAAUUCUAAGCGUAAAAGCAGCAAUUUUACAUGGAAUUUAUCAUAAGAGAAAGCCACUCAAGGGAUAGCUAUCA